AUGGCGUACAUGGAGACUUCGGGUCUGUACGAGACGCUGAAGUCCGAGUGGAACAAGAAGAACCCGAACCUGAGCCUCUGCGGAGACCUGCUCGUCCAGCUGAAGGUUUUAUUGCUGAAGCUGAACUUUUUACCGACCAGUGGGUCUGCGCUCACCCAGCAGCAGCUCAUUCUAGCUCGGAAUGUCCUUGAAAUCGGAGCCUUGAGGAGCAUCCUGAAGAAGGACAUCCCGUCCUUCGAGAGAUACAUGGCCCAGCUCAAAUGUUACUACUUUGAUUACAAGAAUGAACUGCCUGAAUCUACCGACAUGCACCAGCUGCUUGGCCUGAACCUGCUCUUCCUGCUCUCACAGAACCGUUACCUGAUGGAGGGAAACUACAACAAGGUCUUUCUGGCCAAAGGCAACAUUCCUGCCAAGAGCUACACGUUUUUUAUAGAUAUUCUGCUUGACACAAUUCGUGAUGAGAUCGCAGGUUGCAUAGAGAAAGCAUACGAGCAGAUCCAGGUCGCUGAAGCCACUCGAGUGCUUUUCUUCAGUACCCCCAAAAAGAUGGCUGACUACGCCAGGAAGAGAGGAUGGAGUUUAAGCCCCGAUGGUUAUUACUCCUUCGCCAGUCAGCAGCAGCGGACGGAGGAGGUGACCAUCCCCUCCACCGAGCUGGCACAACAGGUCAUCGAAUAUGCACGACAGCUGGAAAUGAUUGUGUAAUCCGCCCCCAGGAACACACUCAUUUUUUGUCUAUUUUUUUUUUAUCUGCAAUAAAUAAUUUAGAGAGUAAA